CAAGCGUAAUUAAAGCAGAUUUUGAUGUUGAUUCACCAGUCUAACAAGUAGGUAGGUUGACACGUGAACAUCGUCUUUUCACGUAAAUAAUCAAUAAACAACAAUUAACCAAGAGUGGUGCAUCACCCAAAAUAUUGUGUUGGUUACAUAAUGAAGCAUGUAUUGUUAACACGUUGAAGGACAAUUGGGGAAAUUAUUUGGAUGACAUCAUUCAGCCUUAAAAAUGCUGUCAUCGUGUAUUUUCGAAGUUGGAAAAGACUGAAACAGUGAGAAAUAAACUUUGGAAGAUUAUGUUCCAUUGUUUUAGUUAAAGUUUUGUAAAGACAAAAAGGUAAAGUCACCUGUUAAGUCGGUGGAACACAGCCGCCAUGGGCAUGGAGAGACAGAAAUUUCAAGUAGAAGAGAAGGUCGCGUCAGACAAUCGAUCAAAUAUACACAAAAUAAUCAACGUUGUCUUAAUUGUCAUCAUUGUUAUCGUUUUAAUUGCUUUUUUUGCUUAUGCAAUUACAAUGGAUAAAAAAUGUGAAUGCAUGAAAGUAAGAAAACAGCAAGCAUCUAAAAAUGUCACAUGUAAAGAUAAAAGUAUUACAAUUGAACCACAUGCCAAUGAUGAAAAUGACAUUUUCCGUGAAUUAAAUUUGAAAGAAAUCAACACGAUUGUUGGUUACAUAGAGCGCAACUUUGUGAUACGACGACUAGAGGAUGGAUACAGUCAUAAACUGGCUCAAUUUAUUAACACUGUAGAAUUGUAUUUGCCCAACAAAGACAAAGCAUUACAGUAUUUGGAUAAUAAUGGACCAAAACCAAAAAGAGAAGCAAUUGUGACUCUUCAGACAGCACACAAUGUUACAUACUAUGUGGUUGGCCCACUACCGACACCAAAAUAUCACAAUCUUGCUGAGUUUAACGAUAGACAAAAUCCAAUGAAUUACUAUGUAGAUGAGUAUUCAAUCUUGCACAGUAAAACGAUAAAAAAGCUUUUUCAGGAAAAUGUUAACAAGACAUGGCCGCUCUUCAAAGCAACGUUCGAAAUCUUCGAAAAAUAUAACAAAGCGAAGGAAGCUUUUGACGCAGGAUUGACAUAUUAUCUUGGUGCUGGGGCGGAACAGAGAGCUGGUGAAUUUUAUGUUGAUAUAGUUCUUCUAUUGCCUAUGCCGUCCUAUAUAAAUAUGUUCGAUACCAUCUCAUUUCAAUUUAACCUUACAAGCAAAGAUGAAAAUGAAUGGCGCUUGCUUCAGAUAUUUUACAACCAAAAAUAUUAUGCAAGCGUUGAAGACAUUAUGCGCAAAUACAAAAGCGGAGAACUUAAGGUAGAAAAAGUAAAACGUCUUUCUGAUAAUACUUUGAAACUUGCACAUCAAACAAGACGAGGUACCCAAUCAAAUUAUUUUCCAUCCAUUGAACCACUGACUUUCUAUCCAAAUGGACCGAGGUUUUCAAUUGAAGGGCGGAAGAUAACAUACCUGGAUUGGCAGUUCAAUUACAUGGUUCAAGCAUCAACAGGUCCAGCAAUUUUCAACGUUAGAUAUAAAAAUAAACGAAUUGCAUUUGAAAUUAGCUUGCAGGAAGCUUCUUCAUUGUAUUCAACAGCCUCACCUUCUAUUGGGACUGGAAAUAUUUUGGACAGUUACUAUUCUCUUGGGAAAUCAAACUCGUUAAUAAAAGGAGUUGACUGCCCUUCUCACGCCACCUACAUAGAUAUGUCUUUUUAUAUGUAUUACAUUGGCAAAGUUGUAACAGUGAAAGACGCAGCUUGUGUGUUUGAAAACAACGCCAACAUUCCACUUCGAAGACAUCACCAUGGUACAGAUGAUUUCGAAUAUGGAGGUCUAGCAGAUGCAUAUUUAGUCGUUCGAUUUUUCAGUAACAUGUUGAAUUAUGAUUUUAUUCACGACUAUAUAUUUCAUCAAAAUGGCGUCGUUGAAGCGCGAACGACAACGACUGGUUACUUGCUGUUAAGUCAACUUUAUGAGAAGCAGAAGAAUAAAUAUGGAUACGAAGUUGUUGAUGGCUUCCUAGGUGGGGUUCAUGACCACAUGAUGUUAUACAAAGUUGAUUUGGAUAUUCUAGGGACAAAGAACAGUUUUAAAACGUUAGAUAUGACUCUUGAGAAAACACAGACGAUAUAUGAUUAUCAACCCACUGUAAAGAAAUUCAUUAAAGAAAAUAAAAUACAAACAGAAAAAGAAGCUGCCAUUCGCUAUAAUUUUGAUCAUCCGAAAUAUUACAUUGUUUACAACGAGAAUGAGAAGAACAGAUAUGGAAAUCAUCGUGGGUAUCGAAUUUACUCACCGAAUAAAAUAAAGCAAGUUUAUCUGGAUGAGCAUAGAGCAACAAAACAUACCGAAUGGUCAAAAUACCAGAUAUCAGUGUCGCAGUUUAAAGAAACCGAAAGAUAUGGAAGUUGUAUGUUUAAUUUUGUGCCUCAAACACUGACACCUCGAUGUUCCUUUGAUACACGUAUUCAUGACAACGAGAGUAUUGUAAACGAAGAUUUAGUUGCGUGGAUUCCAAUUGGUGGAUUGCACAUUCCAUGCGCGGAAGAUUACCCAACAACGCCUACCAUAGGAAACCGAUUCACAAUUUUCAUUAAACCGUUUAAUUAUUUUGACGAAGACCCAAGUUUUGCGUCUGCAAAUUCAGUGUAUAUUGAACACAAGAACGGAACAUCUAAAAUUGAUACGUAUGGUACUCCUAACGAAGCAACUUGUCCAAUAUCAUCUUCACGUCAAGUUAAUUAGCAUUGAAGACACAGAUAUUUUCCUACCGUAUCUUAACCCUAUUCGGUCCGGGGGGUGGGGUUGGGUGGAUUCCGCCACCUCCCCUGACGGUUUUUUUUAAUAACUUCUUAUUGUUAUCUUGCAUGGCUAUGAUACUUACUGAGUUUCAAUGUUUAUUUGUUAGACACCCGCAUGCCAAAUUUUUAGGUAGCAUACCUUUUAUAAGUAUUGAUUCUGGCUAUUACUCGAAACUAGCCCUAAAAAUCUCUAUAAAAUCCUUGUAAUGGGGAAAUUAUGAUAACUCUUGUUAGGAUUAUCCUUAGAAUUUGAAACUUAAAACACAACUUUGUUUCAUUAAGAAGAAUGAUUUUGCAUAGUUUAGACACGUAACUACUCUGAUUUUUUUUGGUUUUACCCGAAAAUCGGAAAAAACCUGAUUUUCGGGCGAUUUUUGGCAACUUUCUAUGCGAUCCAUAUAAAAAACGGAAAAUAAUUAAAAAAAAUUAUUUAGCUUCCAGAAACUUCAAGCAGAAUAAAAAAAUUCGCUUUAGAAUUUAAGUUAUUUAAUUUUAAGCAGAUAGUAACAUUUUGAACAAUUUUUAAGCUUUUGAUGACGUCACUGAAAAUAUGCUGACGCAAGCAAAAAUUUAUUGCUGCCAUUUUGUUCCUUUUGUGACGUAGUAUAAGUGUGCCAAGUUUAAUUCAAUUUGAACAAGCCAAUGAAAAGUUAUUGAGGGGGGGAGGAGGGUCAUAAUAUGUUCGAAAAACCCCGGACCGAAUAGGAUUUAGUAGACUAACUAUGUAAUUGGUUUUUCCCAUUUUUUGCGGUCUCAAAAUAGUAGCAAGCAUGUUUAUCAUUGGAGCCUUUUUAUAGCAGACAUUAAUGAUGGGUAUUUACGAACAUAUUUUACAUAUUUUUCGUAAUCAAGUUUAUGUUGUAUUUUGCAUUACAUUUUGCGUGAAAGUUUUCAUAUUGACACAAUUCUUUCGAAACAACCAAUUGAAGAAUCGACGAAUUCGUUAAAAACAGUCAGACUGGUAUGUCCCUUAAUAAUAACCGUAUUUUUUAAAUAUAGUUUUGUUGUGGUGUGAACAUUUUAACCAUUUCUUUUUCAUACAUUCCUGGGUAACAAAUUCUAACUUAUCCAAACCAGCAGCUGUUAGAAGUGCAGUUGAUUCAUUCUGCAAAACCUAAAACUUAAAGUUUUGCUAUUCAAGGUUAGUUUACAAUGAAUUCAAUUAGUUGUUUUCUUUUCACAAAAGAAAUUUACCAGUAGCAUGAGCAAUAAUUUUCUUUGUUAGUGUAUGCGGCCAAGUGUUAAAAAAUUCUCUUACUAUAGAAAUAAAAAGUCUUUUGUCGAUUA